GUCACAAGCGCGGGCGCGCGGAUUCCGACAGGUGAGGGGACUCGGCCGCCUCCUCUCUCCGGGAACCAGGCGGCGCGCGCUCCAAGCGGAGGGGCCCUGGCAGGGUGCUGGAGCCCUCGGUCUGCCCGGUCUGAUCUCGGGGGCUAGGGCUGGGUUUCCCUCAUGUAUGGCAAGACCCUUACGCGGGUGGGGCUGCUUCUCCUCGGCGUACAGCUCACAGCACUCUGGCCCAUAGCAGCUGUGGAAAUUUACACUUCCCAUGUGCUGCAGGCUGUUAACGGGACAGACGUUCGGUUAAAAUGCACUUUCUCCAGCUUUGCCCCUGUGGGUAAUGCUCUAACAGUGACCUGGAAUUUCCGUCCUCAAAAUGGGGGGCCUGAGCAGUUUGUAUACUACUACCACAUGGAGCCCUUCAAGCCCAUGAGUGGGAGGUUCAAGGACCGGGUGGUCUGGGAUGGGAACCCUGAGCGGUACGAUGUCUCCAUCAUCCUCUGGAAGCUGCAGUUUGAUGACAAUGGGACAUACACUUGCCACGUGAAGAACCCACCUGAUGUUGAUGGGCUGAUAGGGGAGAUCCGGCUCAGUGUCGUGCACACUGUACCCUUCUCUGAGAUCCACUUCCUGGCACUGGCCAUUGGCUCCUCCUGUGCACUAAUGGUUAUAAUAGUAAUUGUGGUGGUCCUCUUCCACCAUUUCCGGAAAAAGCGGUGGGCGGACAGAGCUGAUAAAGUGGUGGCGAUAAAAUCAACAGAAGAGGAAAAGCUCAACCAAGAAAAAAAGGUCUCAGUUUAUUUAGAAGACAUGGAUUAAUACUUUAGACGGAGGCUGAAGAUUUCCAAGAAUGAGAACUCUAGGAUAAGUGGAAGUUAAUGGAAGCUCUUCUUUGGCUGUUCCAGUUGUGGCCUGUCUUCCAAUGAGCUCUGCAGUACAUACCCACCUAGAUAAGCAACACCCCUUUGAAGCCAGUAUAGGGCCCUCUGGAGCAGAAACCACCAGACUCAACACACAGCCCUGUUAUUGAGAUUUUAUUUAAUUUCAGAGUAUAAAUAUUUUCAAAUGCUCAUGAGCUACAUUUUUGCCCUAAAUCACUCCUUGUGGAUUUUAACUUGUAUAAAUAUAUUUUGGCAUCAAAUGAGAUACAA